CGCUCUCUGGCUUUUUGCACACCCAGAAGGGCCCGGGCAAGCAAACCGUUGAGUCAAGCGCCCCGUGCGACUUUCACCAUGGACUCACUCGACCAAUUCAUCCCCCCGGCUCUCCAGCCUCUGGUGGGCCAUCUCCGGACUCAGGCCCCGUUGCUCGGCGUCACGUUGCUCUCGCUCGCAGCCGCGUACCUUGGCUAUCUCUACGUUCUGGGCAGGAAGGAAGCCGCUGUUUCGUUUAACGUGCCUAUCCCUCCAGAGAUUCGGGCCAAUUGGAAGGGCGAGAAGUGGGACAGCCUUCAAGGAGAGGGAAGAAAAGUGCUGGAGGGACAAGUCCGGGGACAAUGGAAUGACAACUUGAUUAUGAGCUACUGCCCCGCGGAUGGAAGAGUACUCGGCAAUGGAAUCAAACCGGCAACUCCUGACGAUGUCGAUCGCGCAGUCCUGGCUGCGAAGAGCGCACAGCUUGAAUGGGCCAAUACUAGCUUUGCAGAGAGGAGGAAGGUCCUCAGGACGUUGCUGAAAUACGUCCUCGACCACCAAGAUGAACUCGUAACUGCUUGCUGCUUGGAUUCAGGCAAAACCAAAGUCGAUGCUGCAUUCGGAGAGAUCCUCGUCACCGCUGAGAAGCUCAAAUGGACACUUGACCACGGUGAAAAGGCCCUGGCACCGGAAUCGCGCCCGACAAACUUCCUCAUGAUGUACAAGAAGAACAUGGUCACCUACGAGCCUCUAGGUGUCGUCUCUGCCUGUGUUUCAUGGAACUACCCUUUCCACAACUUCAUCUCCCCGGUCAUUAGCGCUAUCUUUGCAGGAAACGGUGUCGUUGUGAAGCCCUCCGAACAAACUGCGUGGUCCUCCGCUUUCUUCCUCGAGAUCAUCCGCGGAGCGCUCUCCAGCUGCGGCCACUCGCGCGACCUCGUCCAGAGCAUCGUUUGCCUCCCUAACGUCGCCGACCACCUAACCUCUCACCCAGACAUCUCCCAAUUGACCUUCAUCGGUUCCAAGCCCGUCGCCCACAAAGUCUGCGAGUCCGCCGCCAAAUCCCUCACCCCCGUGACCGUCGAACUAGGCGGCAAAGACCCAGCCCUGGUUCUUGACGACUCGCGCACGGUCAGCGAAAUCCCCGCCAUCGCCUCGAUCCUCAUGCGUGGUGUCUUCCAAUCCGCCGGCCAGAACUGUAUCGGCGUAGAGCGCAUCAUCGCCCUCCCCAACGCAUACGACAAACUUGUUGAGACCGUAUCCACCCGUAUCGCUCGCCUUCGUCUCGGCUCCAUCCUCCUCGACUCCCAAACCUCCGCCGGAACCCCCGACGUCGGCGCCAUGAUCUCCCCGGCCUCCUUCGACCGCCUAGAAUCCCUCAUCGCCGAUGCCGUCAAGCAAGGCGCACGCCUAAUCUGCGGUGGAAAGCGCUUCCAGCACCCCGAACACCCACUGGGCCACUACUUCACCCCGACUCUCCUGGUAGACGUGACGCCGACCAUGAAGAUCGCCCAGCAGGAGCUCUUCGCUCCGGUCUUCCUCGUGAUGCGCGCCUCCUCCGUCCCCCACGCCAUCUCCAUCGCCAACUCAACAGACUACGGACUGGGUGCCAGCGUCUUCGGCUACAAUCAGACGGAUAUUGCGAAGUGCGUGGCGAACAUCAAGUCGGGCAUGGUGUCGGUCAACGACUUUGGCAGCUACUAUGCGGUUCAAUUGCCGUUCGGUGGCGUCAAGGGAUCCGGGUACGGUCGGUUCGCAGGCGAAGAGGGCUUGAGGGGUGUCAGCAAUAUCAAGGCUGUUUGCGUGGACCGGUUCCCUAAGGUUAUGGCGACGAGGAUUCCGCCCAGAGUGGAUUACCCUAUUCGCAAGGGUGAUGGUGCGCGGCAGGACGGCACCGGCGCAUGGGAGAUGUGUAAGGGUGUCGUGGAGACGGGAUACCAGAUUACAUUGGGUGGGAGAGUGAGUGGGAUCUUGAGAUUGUUGUCGAACAUGUAAUGUGCAUACUUGGGUGUGUGGAUAGUGCGAGAGGAAGCGGAUGCUGUGUAGAUUAUUGACACGGUGAUGGUAAUGUGUAAGAUAACAUAGGUAAAUAGAUUCAUAUUUAAUGACAUUAUGCAUGCAUAC